AGUCCAGUGCGAAAAUUCGCGUGGAAAGCUCCUCGCAGGUGUGUCUUCGAGUGCUUUCACGCCGAUUCAGUGAGUGCAGUGUGAAACUUUCCCGGAUGUUGGUUCCAUUCGCAGCAAAAUAAAUCGAUGCAGCCGCCAGCCAGCUCCUCCACCCUCCACCCUUAGAAACAAUGAUCCGCGACCCGCGUUCAUCCCCCACGACCCCGUCGUACCCCGGCUACCCCCCACACUCCCCCUACUUGCGUCGCGCUUCGCCCCCCGGCAGUCCAGCCCCGAAAAAAUGCUGCUUCGAGCAUAAAGAACCGCGCGAGACGUUCUUCUGCUGUUGUUACACGUGUUCCGGCGACAAGACAACAUCGAUUUUAGCCACUUUGGGUGUGUGCUGUUUAGUCCUGGCUUACACCAUUCUCGGGGCUUUCGUAUUCAUGACAUUAGAAGGAGGCAUACAUCACGACACGGCAGUCGCUGCCUCCAAAUUAGACCCCAAAAGCGAGACCUCCAUCCCCAAUGCGGGGGAACUGCGCGCCGAGACCGUCGACCGCCUCUGGAGCAUUACGGAGAAUUUGAAUAUUCUGUACAGGGAGAACUGGACGCGGCUGGCGGCCGAGGAGGUGCUGCUGUUCCAGGAGGCCCUCUUCAAGACCUUGCGGCACUCGGACGGGGGCCAGUUCGGGGCUGGCACGGCCUACUAUGGCCAGCAGAUGCACAAGUGGAGCUUUAGUUCGUCGUUUUUGUACUCGCUGACGCUCAUCACGACAAUAGGCUAUGGUUCCGUCUCACCGCGGACAUCUUGGGGUAAACUCGUCACCAUCUUGUACGCCUUGGUGGGAAUCCCCCUCAUGUUGCUCUACCUAUCAACAACCGGCGACCUCCUGGCCCGCAGUUUCCGGCGCCUUUACGGCAAACUCUGCGGCAUGAGCAGCCAGAAGCCCCCAUGUCCCUGCACCAACCCCGUGCGGGUCCCCGUCACCCUCUGCCUCGUCAUCGUCCUCGCCUACAUCUGCUCAGGGGCCGUGCUCUUCCACCGACUGGAAAACUGGUCGCUGCUGGAGGGCUCCUACUUCUGCUUCACCUCCCUGGGGACCAUAGGCUUUGGGGACCUCCUCCCGGGGCAAAACGCCGAGGAGGUCUCCCUGUGCGCAUGCUCGGCUUACAUCCUCACCGGCAUGGCCCUGGUGGCCAUGUGCUUCAGCCUCGUCCAAGACGAAGUCAUCAAUCUCCUGCGCUACAUUGGGGCCACGUGCACCCGCAACAAGAUGCUCAAGGUGCGCGACGAGGAGAGCGCCUCCUGA